AUGCGAUCCUCAAUCCUCUCAGUCGUUGCCUUGACAGCAAGUGCAGCUGCGCAAGUCACUUUUCAAAACAGCAGCGAUUCAAUUCUGCGAGUCGAUACAGGGUCAUACGGCCCGGAGAUAGAAGAGUACCACUACUACUACUCGCAAUGGCCCAUAGGUCUCGCCAUUUCAUCCGCCGGCCGUUUCUUUGCGACCUACACACGCGGCAGCUACGCCUAUACACUCGGCGAAGUCGUCAACAAAACUGCCGAAGUACCAUAUCCAUCCGCGAGCCUCAAUCUUCCUGUUUCACAGCUGAACACGAGCUGGAAUGGCAUCCCUUUUGGUAGUGGGAACAGCACAGGGCUGAUCAGCGUACAAGCCCUGUACAUCACUCCAGAAAAUGACAGAAGACCUGAGACACUCUGGGUAGUAGACACAGGACGACCCACCAUUAUGGACGCAACUGGCGCACCAUCGAUGCCAUACGCGCAACCCGGCGGACCCAAGAUCCUCGGUAUCAACUUAGCAAACGACAGCGUUUACGCGACUUACACUUUUCCACCUAGCGUCCACUUCCCGGACUCCUACAUGAACGACAUCCGCUUUGACUUGCGCCCAAACACCACGGCGUCCGGAUCAGGCGUCGCUUACAUUGUCGACAGCAGCGACGAAGGACGACCUGGGUUCAUCAUCCUAGACCUAGGUACUGGUAAAAGUUGGAGAAGACUCACGCAACACCCAUCUACACUGCGCGUAGAUCGCGACGUACCUUCUUACCAAGGCAACCCGUUCUACCAACGUACAACCGGUCAGCCUAUCCAAACGCUACGAGAGGGACUUGACGGAAUUCAGAUCAGUGCCGAUGGCUCGACGAUCUACUACAGUCCCUUGACAUCAAACUAUCUGUACUCUGUCCCUGCCGCAAACCUCCUCACACCCUCUUCGGAUCCCCUUGCAGAAAUCAUGGCCGCGAACAACGUUACGAAUCUUGGUCAGCGAGGCGGAAACGCAAAUGGCUUCGAAGGCGAUAACAACGGUUUGGUCUAUCAGUGCAUGCCUGAGCACAACGCAAUUUAUGUUUAUAACCCGGAAACACUGCGUACAGAGCCUUUUGUGAGAGAUCCACGUAUCAUCUGGCCGGAUGGAGCGUCGAUCGGUGAGGACGGCUACCUUUACAUGAACAUCAAUCAGUUGCCGUAUCAGCCAAAUUGGAAUGAGGGUGUUGAUGAGAGAACUUUUCCAGGAGCGGUAUUGAGGGUUAAGUUACCGAAUGGGGGAAAGAAGAUCAUGACCUUAGGUUGA